CCAUUGAUGACAUGGCAAUAUCCAGCCCUGUAAAUAAAAUCGCAGAGUAACUUGAUCAGAAACAGAGUUUUUUCGCUUUUGGAUCUGUUUAAGUCAGGUAAGAGCUCGAUUAGGAUGCAGACGGCGUCGGACUCUUUCGCCUUGAAUCGGCUCUUCUUUGACGUUUCUAAGAUCUGGAUUAGAAACUCCAAUGCACAUGAACUCGCCUUGCUGCAAAUCUCGUCGGAAACCAACUCUAACAGAGAUUUGAAGAAUCUAUGCCUUAAUGUUGAAGCAAGAAAUUCCAAUUGAGGAAGACCAGCUCGUCGUGCUUGGCGGAGAAUGGCAGAGGCGGAGGAAGAGAUGAGGAAGAUUGAGUGUUCUGCUAGGAGAGAUUGAGUCGCUUGAGGGUGUGAUUGGGAGUGAAGUGGAAGCAGUGGACAAAUUACAUGAGAAAAAGGACUCUUCUUUGUUCUUGUUUUUUCCUCACCGAUACAACAGGGAGAAGCAAGGCAUAUUCUGGUUGUACAGGUAGAGGCUUCUGUCAACAAUCAUCUACAUUUGGGUUUUCCACUGUAAGGGUUUAUCGGCGAAGCAAACUAAUGGCCCUUAAAGGUAUGGAUUGGACCAGCUCACUGUUCCCUUUGUGUAAUACAAAUUUAUAGUUGAUCUCUGUUGUAAUGGAUGCAGUUGAAAUUCUCUUUUGCUUCAUUAUGUAUACUGCUGUCCCUGUAGUCAUUUGAUAUUGCAGAACUGGAGAUGGGUCUUGAGAAUGGAUUCUAUUUCCUGUUCAUUUGUAGUCAUUGAGCUAUUGUUUGUUUAUUUUAAUUCAGUUUGAGAUCUUGGUAUUUUUUUUUUUUUUUAAGAUGUAAUCUGAAUCUAGAUUCAUUUGACUGUGUUAGGGCUGAAAAUUGAUGUAAAAGUAUAAAAUCAGGAAACUACU